AUGCCAUCAAAUCAGACAUCUCGAAAUGAUGCAGAGUGCUAUGGUUUUGUUUACAACCCCAACAUUGUCCCAGCUCUGUACUUUUUGAUGUUGCCCAUAGCUCUGUUGCUGAAUGGUGUGGCAGCCUGGGUGUCUAUCCACCUCAAGUCUACUACCACCUUUGUGGUGUACCUGAAAAAUCUUGUAGUUGCUGACUUUAUUAUGACCUUGCUUAUCCCCAUCAAAGCUGCAAGUGACUUGCCCAGUGCAUCAAAUGCCUUAGUUGUGCUUUCAUGCCGUUAUUUCAGCACCGUUUUCUACAGUACACAGUACACAUGUAUUGCUUUGUUGGGCUUUAUCGGUCUGGACCGUUUCUUCAAGAUCAUGACACCCCAGAGCAAGUUUGGUCAGAAUCUGACCUUUAGCAAACUGAUAUCAGGCUCUGUUUGGCUAAAACUGUUUGGAGGUACAGCUCUACCCAACAUCAUUUUAAGUAACAAAUCAGUGGCCAAUAUGACAGAGAUCAGCACUUGCAUGGAGUUGAAAGGACCCGCUGGACUUGAGCUCCAUCACACGAUUGUGAUUUACCUGAAUGUUUUCUUCUGGCUUGUCAGCGUUGUUGUUGCGGUUUGCUACAUUUGCAUCGCAAACAAGGUUAUCCAGUCUUUUCGAAACUCCGGCAGCAGUAACAACCAGGGAAAGCAGAAGAUUAAACUACGUGUUUUUCUGGUUGUCAUUGUGUUUUUUGUAUCAUUCACACCAUACCACAUCAUCAGGAUCCCAUACACUUUUCAACAAGUCUACUAUUCUUCCUAUUCCGACUGCUCUUACUUAAAGGGCAAGUUUGCCAAGGAAUUCAGCCUCUGGCUCGCCAAUACAAACAUCUGCAUGGACCCACUUCUCUAUGUCUUUUUGUGUCGAGAGUUCAAGGAAAAACUGGUGUCUAUGAUGCAAAAUGUUUCCAUCUCAUUUAAAGUAGCUUCAGCAGGCAAAGCAGGGGCUACCUUACCACAGAGUAGAUUCUGA